CAGAAAGAGGAAGUAAAGGGAAUUCCCUACAUAUUGUAACUACACAAUUAAAACCAACAGAGUAACUUCAAGAGGAAAAUUAUCAAUUUGCUGACAUCAGACCAAAACUAAGAAUGUUUCAAGUACCAGAUUAUACAUGUACUGUGUCAGAUAAACUGGCGGAGGUUCUUGCUGAUAUAGGAGUAGACGAGAGAAUUGUGUUGAAGAGAAGAAGAUCAUUGAUGCUGGGAGAAUUUAUGUCUAACAGUACGCUGCAACCAUGUGAUGAGGAGAAUACAGUGUACUGUUUAGGUAGUCAGUCAGAAGGAACAACUACACCCGGGCUUGAUUCAGACAUUGACUUUCUAUUUUGUAUGAAUGACUUUAAGGUAGUACAAGACUGGAGUGACUGGCAACCUGGUGUACACAAUCUACUGAUGAUUCAGGAUGACACUGUAUCACCUGGUUACUGUUUGCUACAACGUCUGAGAGACGAUGCUCCUCUUCCAUGCAAUGAUGUACUUGAUAAACACCACUUGAGAGACAGAACUGGACGAAUACUACUAAGUAAUACAAUAAUAUCUGCAACAGCAGCAACAGCAGCAGCAGCACUAAGUUUUACAGGUGUACAGCAUGGUCCAGCGUAUAAAAACCCUGGAAAACCUGGGUUUACUGAGUCAGACCAUGUUCCUGCUAUGUCCUGUAAAACAUGGCCUCUACAAGCUAUACCAUGGAUAAUUAAGCAAUGUGUAGGUCAAUGGCCAUCAGAUGAUAUGAAGAGAUAUUGUAGCAACACUGGAUGUUUUGUUGUUGGAGUUGGAAGCAAGGGCAGUGAAAAUGAGCUGCUUGAAUGGAGAAUAUCAACAUCUCUAGCAGAAAGGUGUUUAAUGUUUAAUCUCAAUAUCACACAGAUUCAGUGCUACAUUUUGAUGAAGAUGAUAUUAAAAACUUACAUUAAGCCUCUAUAUGACGGUACCAUUACAAGUUUCAUGUGUAAAACAGUUCUGUUCAAACUAAUUGCAAAUACACAUUCUAAUUUCUGGAGAGAAAACAACUUACUUGUUUGUCUAUCAUUUUGUUUAUUUGGCCUAUACAUCAGUGUGUAGAAUGAAAACUGUCCACAUUUCAUCAUACCUAGGAACAAUUUGAUGACAGGACAUAUUGCUCAAGAAUCUAAAACUCGCAUUCUUGAAAUAUUUCAGAAUAUUAUAAACAGUGAAGGAACGGCAUUACUGGAGAUUAAGUGUGAUUCUCUUGGUUCAAGGCUUCAGCUGAAGUUGAAUAAUUUAUCCUUAUUCAAUAAUAAAUGCUUGGUUUCAGGAGAACUGCUAAAAGCAACUGCGCUGACGAUUGAUGAUAUCAUAAAUUCAUGUCUGCAUUGUAUUAGCAACAGGAGUUAUGAAGUAGCUAUACAAAUAUUACUAAAGUAUAUUUUCAAACUUGUCAUUAUUUCUAAUCAAUGUCAAGGACUUGAAAGAACAGCUUUUAGGCUUCUUACACCAUGGUUUUGUACAACACUGGGAUCCACUUUGGCAUCUCUCAAUAUUCAACAGUACAGCGAUAUAUCAGUAGAAGCUCUCAGGUUGAUCUCACUAGGUCUGAACACAGAUGUUUCAUCUUGUAAACUAAAGUUAGCAUCCACGUUUUACUGUAUAGGGGACAUUUACAGAACGGAACUUGUACUAAGAGAUAUUGAAGGAAUCUAUGACCAAAACAGUGUUGAACCUUUAUGCGUUUGUUACAGUUUCAUCGAUCGAGCUCCGAGAGGAGGGUUCAAUGAAAUAUGUGACAGUCUCAAUGAAGAAGCUCUACAAUAUGCUACAGCAUCCUGUGUCAGAUUUCUGCCAUGUGAAAUUAACUGUAUUCCAACUGAGCUACAGUACGAAAUGUUCAGAUCUACAGAGGAAGACCUUGCUUUCAGAGUUAGAGAAGAAAACUGGAUGGAUUGGGCAGUGACAGAUUCUCUCCCUUACCUGUACUUUCUACAAUAUAAGACUUAUAGCUAUCUUGGGAAACAAGCUGACAAGCAAAGAGCACUUUCCAACCUUAUCAGGACUAUUGAACAGGAACCAAACCUGCAUCACAGGGAAACAGCUCUGAAUCUUCUUGGACAGUGUAUGAAACAAGAGGGCCGAUCGGCAGACGCUUUAAGUUGUUAUCUGUUAUCCCUCAAUCUGAGGGGAAGAAACAAUGCUGCCAAGUUCCAUAUAUGUAGACUUCUAUCUAUCAUAGUAAAUCACCAGACAGGAACAAUAUCUUGAAAGAUAGUGUCAUCCGAGAACUAACACUUGAACGCAAAGAAAAUCUCCUAUAUAAGUGACCCCCUCCCCCAAAUACCAGACUUUUUAAUCCCCAAUAUACAAGAUCCUGUCUGGUCCACUCUGAUAAGGGUCCAUAAAACCACCGUAGACUUGAAAAGUAGCCUAAUUAUUGUCAGAGAAUCAUAAAUUUUAUUGCCUACAGAUAAAUUUGUUAUUUCCUGUGUUUUGCAUUUUAUUGAUUGAAGUGCUGUUUUUUGGGGUUUUUUUCAGAAUGUACACAAAAUCAUUUUAAUUGAUAAUAUACUAAUUUUGAUUGCUCAGUCAUGUUGAAUAAUUUCCUGGCCAAUUAAAUUAUAACUCUUAUAGCAAAGCAAUUCUCACUCCUCAACAAUAAAAUAAUUAUUUAAAACUUAAUACAUUG